AUGAAGACAGCCCCUGGUGCCCUGGAGGAGGAACAGGAUGAGGAGCUGUCAGCGGCCAUGGCCGUCGCCACUGUUGCGGCUCUGGAACUUCAGGACAGCCUCAUCCUCGACGAGGACAUGGUGCUACAGGCGUCAAGAAACGAUCCCGUGUACCAACUGCUGCUGGCCAGGGUGUUGGCUGGUGACUGGCACCCACAGAAGUCCCAGGAGCUGGUGUGCUUGCGCCCCUUCUACAGCAUUAGGGAGAGGCUGGGUGUGUCGCGAGGCCUGGUGACAUACACUUUCCACAGCAACCAUCCUCGCCUGGUGAUUCCGGACCUCCUACGCAAGCAGGUUGCAGCCCACCUCCAUGCAGGCCACCAGGGUAUAGACUCGAUGCUCAGGAGAGCACGACAGGCAGUAUACUGGCCUGGCAUUGAAGGGGACCUGAGGCACCAUCGCAACUGCUGUGACACGUGCAACAUACACGCCCCCUCCCAACCCCCUGAGCCUCAUCUCCUCACUCCGCCCCCUGACUAUCCCUUUCAGCAGACUGUGGUGGAUUUGUUCCAGCUGGAGGGACACGACUACAUCGUCUAUGCAGAUAGGCUCACGGGUUGGCUGGAGGUGUCUCACCUGCCUGAUGGCACAGAAUCAGGCAGAAUUAAGGAUGUGCUGCGUCACCACUUCUCGAGAUGGGGUGCCCCAGAGCAGCUCUCCAUGGACGGAGGUACCAAUCUAGGGAGUGAGGAGAUGAAGAGUUUCCUCCAGAAGUGGGGGGUAGGUGUUCGGGUGUCCUCGGCGCACUUCCCACAGUCAAACGGAAGGGCAGAGGUGGCCGUGAAGUCCGCCAAGAGGAUAAUACGGGGAAACAUUGGAGCUGAUGGCAGUCUCGACAACGAUAAGAUCUCUCUCGCCUUGCUCCAGUAA